AUGACUUCUGCUCUACCGAGGAAGAUCCUGGCGUCCCCGUGCCGCAGCCCAUCGGCAUCGAGAGGCAGUGUUCAUCAAUCUCGUCUCUCGAUGUCCAAACAGGAGAUCGACCUUACUCAGCAAUCCUCUUCUUCCGGAUCGAGGCGUCGUAGUGGGAGUGGUUCGAUCUCCGAAGUGGAGGCAUCGGCACUGAUGGACUCAUUGACCCCGAUGGAACCUGGAGGCAGACGAGAGCUGGACCCUUCCAUGGCACCACGCCGUUUCCCACUGCUACCACCGUGGGAGCAGCAACAGUGGCCGCCCACCUAUCCAUACUCUUACCCACCAUAUCAGUGGUUUCCACCGAAGGAGUUUGCGGAGUGGGAUCAGCAAUCGGAGGCAUCCUACAUGUCAAGGCUUUCACACCACUCUAGAAGGCCCGCGGCAUUGGCAUCGAUCCCUCCGGAGAGGCGCACCGCCCCUGCGGCUGAGACUCGUCGGCGACCAUCGGCAUCGACCCGUUCACCCAUCCAGGAAUCGACACCGAUCCUCUCUGCGCACUCCAUGCAAAGGGAGUCUUCCUCGUCGGACUCUGAGAAAGGUACCGACAACCAGGAAAGAGCCUUGGAGCCUUCGCCAGUGUCCCAUACAGCCGAGGAUCUUCCUAUAUCGCCAUUAGAAGAUCUGAAGUCCUAUGAAGGACUUUCAUUACAACCCUUGUUUUUCCACUGGCCCAUAUCAUGUACCUUUUAUUGCAGCCCAGUGGCUAAAAACUAUCAGCAAAUCCUGGCCCUCGUGUUUGCCAUCAGUGAGAUCAACAAGGAUCCGGCACUCCUUCCCAACAUCACACUGGGCUUCCGCAUCUUUGAGGACACCUACUUUGCAAGAAUGACCUACCAGGCAGGCCUGUCCUUUCUGUCCACGGGGGACCAAAUUGUGCCUAAUUACAGAUGCAGCAGACAGGAGAAGCUGCUCUCUGUCAUUGGAAGUCUCUACUCCAGAAUCUCAAUGCAGAUGGCCUCCCUCUUGGGCCUCUUCAAGAUCCCACAGAUCCUUGCCUUUUUGAGAAGCACCCAGUUCAACAACAGUGCUGGUGAGGAAGUGUUUUUCACUGGAAAUGAGGAGAGAUCAGCUGGCUAUGAUAUUCUGAACUUGGCUUUCUUCCCAAAUAAAUCUUCAGCUCAAGUGAAAGUUGGAAGGAUGGAUCCUAGGGCUCCCCCAGGCAAAGAUUUCAUCAUUAAUGCAGAUGCAAUUGUUUGGGCUACCCAGAAGCUGCCCUCUUCCAGGUGUGUGGAGAGCUGCCUGCCAGGGUACAGCAGAAAAGUUCUAGAAGGAAAGCUGCCUUGCUGUUAUGAAUGUCAACUUUGUCCAGAAGGGAUGAUUUCUAACCAUACAGAUGCUGACCGUUGUGUCCCAUGUUCAGAGGAUCAAUAUCCAAACCAGAACAAAGACAAGUGUAUCUCCAAGAUCAUAAGCUUUCUUUCCUAUCAAGAGAUUUUGGGGAUGGUUUUGGCUUCUCUUGCUCUUUUGCUGUCUUUGAUCACAGCCCUAGUACUGGCAACUGUCAUUAAAUAUCGAGACACACCAAUCAUCAAAGCCAACAACAGAGAACUCACCUAUGUCCUCCUCAUCUCCCUCCUGCUCUGCUUUUUCUCCUCCUUCCUAUUCAUCGGUCGACCUACAAGGAUCACCUGCCUUCUGAGACAAAUUGCUUUUACUGUCAUCUUCUCUGUUUCCAUUUCCUCCAUCUUGGCCAAAACAAUCAUGGUAGUUGUGGCCUUCAUAGCCACUAAGCCAGGAAACAGGGCCAGGGAACUGUUGGGGAGACAAAGAGUAAACUCCAUUGUCCUGGCCUGUCCCCUCCUUCAAGUUAUCAUCUCUGCCAUUUGGCUAGGAACCUCUCCCCCAUUCCCCAACUUGGACUUCCAUUCCUUGGCCAAGGAGAUCAUAGUGGAAUGUAAUGAGGGAUCAGUCAUCAUGUUUUACACAGCCCUGGGAUACAUGGGAUUUCUGGCCCUGGUCAGCUUUGUGGUGGCUUUCCUAGCCAGGAAACUCCCUGACAGCUUUAACGAAGCCAAGUUUAUCACCUUCAGCAUGCUGGUCUUCUGCAGCGUGUGGGUCUCCUUCAUGCCCACCUACCUGAGCACGAAAGGGAAGGCUAUGGUGGCUGUGGAGGUCUUCUCCAUCUUGGCCUCUGGUGCUGGUCUCCUGGGCUGCAUCUUCCUUCCCAAAUGCUACAUUAUUUUUCUGAGGCCUGAUCUCAAUAGCAGAGAUCACCUCCUAAGGAACAAGAAAUACAGGAACCUAAGCGUUUGAAUAUUCUCUGCUUGCUCAGGUUUCAGUUUGUUAUAGC